GGAGACACCACCGCCAUGCUUUUACCCACCGAGCAUGCGCAAGCGCACGCACGUCUCCCUCGACCAAUCGGUGGCCACGUUGGACGUCGGGGCGGAGCUUCCGCCGACACAUGCGCACGGCCGGGCGGGGCCUCUUCCUUCUCGCUGAACGCCGCCGACAUGGUGUUCAGGCGCUUCGUGGAGGUUGGCCGGGUGGCCUACGUCUCCUUUGGGCCCCAUGCAGGAAAGCUGGUGGCGAUUGUAGAUGUUAUUGACCAGAACAGGGCUUUAGUGGAUGGACCUUGCACUCGGGUGAGGAGGCAGGCCAUGCCUUUCAAGUGCAUGCAGCUCACUGACUUCAUCCUCAAGUUCCCACACAGUGCCCGCCAGAAGUAUGUACGAAAGGCUUGGGAGAAGGCAGAUAUCAAUACAAAAUGGGCAGCCACAAGAUGGGCCAAGAAGAUUGAUGCCAGAGAAAGGAAAGCCAAGAUGACAGAUUUUGAUCGUUUCAAAGUCAUGAAGGCAAAGAAAAUGAGGAACAGAAUAAUCAAGACUGAAGUGAAGAAACUUCAAAGAGCUGCUCUCCUGAAAGCUUCUCCCAAAAAAGCACCUGUUGCUAAGGCUGCCAUUGCUGCAGCUGCGGCGGCGGCGGCGGCGGCAGCUGCAGCUAAAGUUCCAGCCAAGAAGGCCACAGGACCAGGCAAGAAGGCUGUGGCCCAGAAGGCUGCCGGGCAGAAGGCUGCAGGCCAGAAGGCAGCUCCUCCUGCUAAAGGUCAGAAGGCUCAGAAGACCCCAGCCCAGAAAGCACCUGCUUCAAAGGCAGCUGGCAAGAAAGCAUGAAACUGUGCAAAGGAAUAAAGGUUCUUUUUGACAUGUUGGCA